AUGCAGCUUUCCCUUGACCCUCCCACUCCUCUCUUCACUGUUGACAAUUCUUCUUCCGCUCCCCCAUCUCUCCAUGCAGAGAGCACAAAGGACCUCUCCCUUUCUGUCAACUAUCUACCCAACAAAUUCUCUUCUGGCUUGCUCACCCCCACUCCACGCAGAUGCAAACUAGGCAAGGAAAAUGCUGACCAUCCCAUCAUACACAAGAGAGGUGGAGGUAGAGAGGCCUUCAAGAGCAGUGAGGCCCAUAUGCCUGCAGAAGGCGAUGAAGACUAUGACAGCAUCACUGGUCGUUGGUUCAGUGGCAAAGAAGACAUUGUUCAUGUAGGCAACCAAGAAGAGCUCAUUCUCUCCACAGCUGCUGUCGCCCUCACCUCAGUUACUUUUGUAAUCAGCUGGGCUGGCAUCCUCCUCAACAACUGCUCUUCCCUAGCAGUCUACACUUUUGCUCUCUGGCUCUGCUUUGCCCUCCUCAUUACUCCCAGCUACACAACCUAUAAACAACAUACAUUCAACCUCGAAGGCAAAUUAAAUGCCCAGUGGUCUCAUGACCUUAGUGCAGAGGGCCAUUUCAGGAUCCAAAACAGGCUCCAUUGCUGUGGAUAUUACUCCCCCUUCAUUGAAGCUACUGUCUCCUACAGCUGUUACACCUGCUCCAUCCUCCCAGGGUGCAAAGAGGCAUACAUCAACUUUGAGAAAUGCGUCUUGGACAUCUGGUACACCAUUGCUUUCUCCCUUGUACUGCUCCCACUUGCUUGA